AUGCCGGGUCCUACCGCUCCAGCAGCAGCUGCUGCAGGUGCGCAACAAGCUGAAGGCGGCAUGAGUCCGCUGGUCAAGUCCGCUGCCCAAGGGCUCGUUAUGUUCUUCGCUGUCCAAUUCAUGAUGUCCAAAUUCCUGCCGAACAAAGGCACCUCGACACAGGCUGUGACCGACGAAUCCGGUAAAGUUGUCGCUGUUGCGCCAAAUAAUGCCGAAAUCCCACCCUUCCAGGCUCGUCCGGAUACACUCAGCGAAGGCGCCGUCUGGAAUCCUGUCCCGCAACGUAUUGCACCAAUGUGGCCGUUAGAUACCUCGCUGGACGUAACAAUUAUUGUCUCCCCAACUUUCGUCUCAGAGCCGCUGGCGAAGGUGCCUAAAGAAAGGAAAAUUGUGGAAGAGACAGGGUUCAUCUAUGGCGACUACGAUCAGAGUCGGGUGAUUGAUAAGACUUUUGCGGUGCCGAAAGAAGUGCAAAAUAAUGGGACCUUAUGGGGACACUUUUAUGUUGGCAUUUCCGGCAGCAUUUUGGACCCUUCGACUCCUGGGUAUGAUCCUAGCCGGGCAUAUCACUUCCUCCAUCCUUUGACUCAGUAUAUUCCUCAAAAGAAGGUGGUUAAAACCAAGAAUCUUCUUGUAGCUGCAGAGGACACUGAAGAGGUCGAGGAAGAAGUACCAACUGGCCCAAUCAUCACCUCGCAUUAUCAUCCAAACGUUACUAUGUCUUUUAUUCCCGACUCAGGAGUCAUGCAGUAUCCCACUGUGCAUCCAGCAGUGCGCCAAUACAUUCACAUGGAAGCAACUGGAGCAAGGGAUGCGACAGGUCAAAACGGGUGGUAUUAUCCAAUUCUCUUCAUCAAUACGUUCUGGCAACUCAAGUCGCAUAUGACGACCUUGAACUCGACCGUUACUCAACUACCCAUCCAUAUUGAUCUUAAUCAUCUUGCAAACUGGAAAUUCAGCCUCAUUGCAAGCCUCGACGAGGGUGCCAAGCAAUCUGCCCGAAAUGCUGCUCAUGGUAUUUCUUCCGCUGGCGGUGGAGAUGGCAGCGAAUUUGAGAUGAUCAAGGAGGUUCUACUAGACACUAACCCUUGGCUCCUUGGUACAACGGUUAUUGUCAGUAUCUUCCACAUGCUCUUCGAGAUGCUGGCCUUUAAAUCCGACAUCAGCCAUUACCGUAACAAGAAGAACAACGUAGGUAUCUCUGUCCGGUCAAUCCUUGGCAACGUCUUCAUGCAAGCCGUAAUUUUCCUGUAUCUUCUGGACAACAAUGAGAACACCAGUUGGAUGAUUCUCUUCAGCCAAGGCAUGGGCAUUCUCCUCGAGUUCUGGAAGAUUACCACCGUCGUCAAUGUCCGCAUCCGGGACUCAGCCCCAGGCUCUCUCCUCCCGUACCGCAUCGCUUUCGAAGACAAGCAUAAACUCUCUGAAACCGAAGAGAAAACAAAGGAGUACGACGCUGUGGCAUUCAAAUAUCUCUACAUGGUCGCCGUUCCCCUGUUGCUUGCCUACGCUGCUUACUCUCUCUACUACGAGACCCACAAGAGCUGGUACUCGUUCAUCAUCGCCACACUCGUCGGAUCCGUCUACGCUUACGGAUUCCUCAUGAUGGUUCCUUCGCUUUACAUCAACUACCGCCUUAAGAGCGUGGCGCACAUGCCCGGAAGGGCUAUGAUGUAUAAGUUCCUGAACACGUUUAUCGACGACUUGUUCGCCUUCACGAUUAAGAUGCCCACGCUGCAUCGCUUGGCCACGCUUAGGGACGAUGUUAUCUUCUUUGUGUAUUUGUACCAGAGCUGGAAGUACAAGGUUGACUAUACAAGAGUUAAUGAAUUUGGGCAGGGUGGUGGUGAUGAGGUGGUAGAUGAGAAGAAGGAUGAGCCGGCAGAGAGCGUUGUAGCCGCAGAGCCGAGCCAAGAUGUUGCGAAGGCUACAGGGAGUAAGACGAAAGGAGGGGCAACGAAGAGGAAAUGA